UGGCUUCUAAGCCCAUUUUUGUACAUCAGAAAACAAAUGGUGACAGUCGAGGAAGUUCGUAAGGCACAACGUGCUGAAGGGCCAGCCACCAUUCUGGCGAUCGGCACAUCCACUCCACCAAAUUGUGUUGAUCAGAGCACAUACCCUGAUUACUAUUUCCGUAUCACAAAUAGUGAGCACAUGACUGAGCUCAAAGAGAAAUUCAAGCGAAUGUGUGAAAAAUCCAUGAUUAAGAAGCGGUACAUGUACCUAACAGAAGAGAUUCUGAAAGAGAACCCCAAUGUAUGUGCAUACAUGGCUCCUUCACUAGAUGCUAGGCAAAACAUGGUGGUGGUUGAGGUGCCAAAGCUAGGCAAAGAAGCAGCUACCAAGGCCAUUAAAGAAUGGGGCCAGCCCAAGUCUAAGAUCACUCACCUUGUCUUUUGCACCACCAGUGGCGUCGACAUGCCCGGGGCCGACUACCAACUCACCAAGCUCUUGGGCCUCCGCCCCUCCGUUAAACGCCUCAUGAUGUACCAACAAGGUUGCUUCGCCGGAGGCACCGUGCUUCGAGUUGCCAAGGACUUGGCUGAGAACAACAAAGGUGCCCGUGUCCUCGUCGUGUGCUCGGAGAUUACCGCUGUUACCUUCCGUGGGCCUACCGACACCCACCUAGACAGUCUUGUGGGCCAAGCAUUGUUUGGUGAUGGUGCUGCUGCUGUUAUAAUCGGUGCAGACCCGGUGCCCGAAAUAGAGAAGCCCUUGUUCGAACUAGUCUCGGCGGCCCAAAUGAUACUGCCGGACAGUGAUGGUGCCAUUGAUGGUCACCUCCGUGAAGCUGGGCUCACAUUUCACCUGCUGAAGGAUGUUCCGGGGCUUAUUUCCAAGAACAUAGAAAAGAGUUUGGUUGAGGCAUUUCAGCCUCUGGGCAUAUCCGAUUGGAACUCACUUUUCUGGAUAGCUCAUCCUGGUGGUCCAGCCAUACUGGACCAAGUAGAAACCAAGUUAGCACUCGAGCCCGAGAAGCUACGAGCCACGAGACAUGUUCUUUCAGAGUAUGGCAACAUGUCAAGUGCUUGUGUGCUAUUCAUUUUGGAUGAGAUGAGAAAGAAAUCAAUGGAAGAAGGACUUCAGACCACGGGAGAAGGGCUUGAGUGGGGAGUUUUGUUUGGGUUCGGACCUGGCCUAACCGUUGAGACUGUGGUGCUCCACAGCAUCGUCGCUUGAACAAAUCAUCAUGUAACCUGGUUCCACUUCACUUUGCAUUUUUAUUUUACUUUUUCAGUUUGUUUAAAAUGCUGUGUGGUUUAUUUGAAAGAGUCAAACUCCUUUUAUUUUUGUUACCAGAUGAAAAUAAAAUACUACUGCUAUCAAUUUCGAUUA